AUGGCUACUUUCUUGUACCUUCUUUCAAUCCAAAGUCUUUUCUUUCUUCUUCUUCUUCUUCUUCAUCUUCCUUUCCUUGCUGUCUCAGUUUCAUUCAAACAACACCAAUUCAAUUCCAUUGACAACAACAUACAAUAUCAAGGAGAUGCUGUUCCUUCUAAUGGAAAGAUUUUGCUCAGUGGCCCUAAAUCUUAUUCCCAUGUUGGUAGAGUUAUUUACAAAGAUACAAUCCCAAUUUGGGACUCUAAAACUAGAAAACUCACGGAUUUCUCAACCCAUUUCACAUUCUCUAUUGAUACACAAAAUCAAACAAACUAUGGCAGUGGGAUUGCUUUCUUCUUAGCUCCACCUGACUCUCAAAUCCCUACAAAUUCAGCUGGUGGGUAUCUUGGACUUUACAACAAGACCUAUAAAAACACUCCUAUCAACCAAAUUCUUCAUGUUGAAUUUGAUACUCAUAUCAAUAAUUGGGAUCCUUCUUAUGAACAUGUGGGUAUCAAUAUUAACUCUGUCUCUUCUUCUAAUACUACUCACUUUAAUGUUAAGUCACAUAGUGGGGAUUUGGCUGAUGUGUGGAUUGACUACAGGUCAACCACUAAAAACUUGAGUGUUUCUUGGAAGUAUCAAAGGACUUCCACUUCAUUAGAGAAUACUACCUUGAGUUAUCAUAUUGAUCUAAGGGAUAUUCUUUCUGAAUGGGUGACAGUGGGAAUUACAGGAGCAAAUGGAGCAAAUGUGGAAAGACAUACUCUGUUUUCUUGGGAAUUCAACUCUACAUUGGAUAUGAAGCAACCAAGUAAAGAUAGUGGAAACAAAGUUAGUGUCAUUGUAGCCGUAACAGUUUCAGUUGGGGUUUCAAUAAUUGCAGUAUUUGUUGUACUUUGGUGGUUGAAGCGAAAUAAAAGGAAAUUAGGAGAGGAAGAAAAUCUCGAGGAAGUGAAUUUGACAUCCAUUAACGAUGACUUGGAAACAGGGGUUGGACCAAGAAGGUUUUCUCGCAAGCUUCUUGCCAUGGCGACCAACAACUUUUCUAAUGAGAGGAAGCUAGGGGAAGGAGGAUUUGGUGCAGUGUAUAGAGGCUACAUACCAAGCAUAGAUUUGACAGUAGCUGUGAAGAAAAUAUCAAAGGGUUCGAGACAAGGGAGAAAUGAGUAUAUAACUGAAGUGAAGAUCAUUAGUCGGCUCCGUCAUCGAAACUUGGUGCAACUCAUUGGUUGGUGUCACGAUAAAGGUGAGUUCUUGUUGGUUUAUGAAUUCAUGUCUAAUGGUAGUCUUGAUUCUCAUCUCUUUGGGAAAAGAACCCCUCUUGGUUGGACUGUGAGAUAUAAGAUUGCUUUAGGUCUAGCCUCUGCUUUAUUAUAUCUUCAUGAAGAAUGGGAACAGUGUGUGGUUCAUAGAGAUAUUAAAUCUAGUAACGUUAUGUUGGACUCAAACUUUAAUGUCAAACUUGGAGACUUUGGACUUGCUCGAUUAAUGGAACAUGAGUUGAGUGCUCAAACAACUAGGUUGGCUGGAACUUUAGGGUACUUAGCACCAGAAUACAUAAGUACGAAUAGAGCCAGUAAGGAGUCUGAUGUAUUUAGCUUUGGAGUGGUCGUUUUAGAGAUUGCUACGGGGAAAAAGUCAAGAACCUCUUUGGAAGAAGAAUCUCAUAAGGGUUUAGUAGAGUGGGUUUGGGAUCUUUAUGGGAGUGGACAAUUGCAUGUUGGGAUAGAUGAGAAAUUACAUUCUGAUUAUGACAAAAAACAAGUUGAGUGUUUGAUGCUAGUUGGACUAUGGAGUGCUUAUCCAGACCCUAAUCUUAGACCAUCCAUAAGACAAGCGAUUCAAGUUCUAAACUUUGAGACAAUGAUGCCUAAUCUUCCAAAUAAAAUGCCUAUUCCUACAUAUCCUGUUCCUUCCACAUCGACAAGCUCAAAUGAACAUUCCUUUACGGUUAGUCUUGACAUGGGUCGUUGAACAAGAAGAAUGUGAUGUGGUUAAGCUGCCAUUGUACCGUUGC